AUAACCAUAAGAAACCAUGCCCCUGGGAAAGGGACGUAGCAGCAGAAGAGCAGGGACCUCAACCCCUGUGGUCACAACAGUAGCCUUUGUAGCUUUGUGUGUUCUGGGAGUUUGGCUGCUUGCCUCCACUCCGGUUGCUCCUCCUAAAUCCAUCACUAAAACCGCCGCCUCCUCUACUGUCAUCAACCUCCCUAGGGCCACUUCUGAUGGUGCAACAAAAAGCACUACGCCUUUUGAGGACCUGCAUGGGGACCUCCCAGAAGAGGCCAGAAAUGGCAAUGGCGGCUCCGGUGGAGGAUCAUCAGAGAUUUCAAAUGAUUCCCAGAGUGGGGAGGCUCAGGCUACAACAACUGAGGAUUCUGCAAAAGAAGCAGUGGAUCAAGAAAGUGGUAGUGUUAAGAAUCAAGAAUCAUCGUCAGAAGGGGAAGGGCAGCUGCCUGGGAAGGAGGAGCAAGAGAAGCAGAAAGAACCCGAGACUCAAGUGUCUGAGGAAAGUACAAUAACUCAACAAAAAGAGAUUGAAACAAUUAAACAAAAUGUAGAAUUAGCAGGCAGCAAAGAUGAUGUUUCUGCAGCAGCAGAGAAAAGGGAAGAAAGCAGUGAUAAUCAGAAAGGUGGCAAUGAAGAUAUUCACAAGGGUGGCAAUGAAGAGACGAAGGUUCAAGAUUCACAAAUCAAGAGCCAACAAACUUCAGAGGAGAACAAGAAUUUGAUAUCAGAUGAAGAUCAACAGAAACGGCUGGAGCAUCAUCAGCAACAGGAAGACGAUCAGAUACAACAAAAGCAACCUCAAAACGAGAUAAUUGAGACAACCACGGAUCCGAAUAAGGCCUGGUUGACAACACAAGCUGAUCAAUCUGUGAACCAUAAAGAGAGGAAGGAAGGAGCAGAUGAUCAACAAAUCACUAUCAAGGGGCAGCAAUGGCAGCUGUGCAAUGUAACAGCAGGUGCAGAUUACAUACCUUGUUUGGACAAUGAGAAAGCAUUAGCAAAGAUAAGAGGCAGGCAGCAUUAUGAGCAUCGCGAAAGGCAUUGCCCCACAGAUCCUCCUGUCUGCCUUGUGCCCCUGCCAAUAGGGUACAAGAAAUCAAUUCAAUGGCCUCAAAGCAGGGAUAAGGCAUGACGCACCACAUUCUGUGACUGUCAAUUAUAGAUAUAUACAUAGGAUUGAUGUUCAAUCUUUUCUUUG